AUAAUAAUUUAACUCUCCAAACAUAGGGUUUUUAUCUUCUGUCAGAGCAAGUGAUUCCGGCACCCUCGCAGAUCUGUCCGCCAUAGCCGAACGCUCAGAGAAUCUUUAACAAAUAUGGCUGCGUCGUCUUCUUCUUGUCGGUUGGUUCGUGCAGUGGGUCGUUCAUUGUUCAGUGGUCUUUGCAACAAUGCUGAUGGUUUAAUGAGAUCAACACACGAGAUGAUGUGCAAUCAUUUGUUAUUCCAGCAACAAAGAACUUUCAUACAAAUGAGGACGAGUCUGAAAGUGGUAGACAAUUCAGGUGCAAAGAGAGUGGCGUGCAUCCAAGCACUAAAGGGAAAGAAAGGAGCAAGAUUAGGAGACACCAUAGUUUGCUCAGUGAAGGAAGCUCAGCCAGGUGGUAAGGUGAAGAAAGGAGAAGUGCAUUAUGGUGUUGUUGUUCGUGCUGCUAUGCCAAGGGGCCGCUGUGAUGGGAGCGAAGUAAAGUUUGAUGACAAUGCCGUGGUACUCAUCAACAAGCAUGGUGAACCCAUUGGAACCAGAGUUUUUGGUCCAGUGCCCCAUGAGUUGAGGAAAAAGAAGCAUGUUAAGAUUCUUAGUCUUGCAGAGCAUAUCGCCUAAUGUUUCAGCCUCUUGGUUGUUAGGUACCUCUACUCAAUGAUUAUUCAUUCGCGCGAGCUGAUUGGAAGACAUUUUGAAUUUAUUGUAUUUGUAGGAACCUGUUGUUUUCCAAUCAAAUUUCUUACUUUUGCAAUGUGGAUUAGGCAUUUCUUUAUUUUUGGAUGGGCUGGAAUUCCGCAAAUCAUUAGUGUAUUGUUCAUACUAGAAAGACUUGUUUCAACAUGCCUGCUUCAUUGCUGUAAAGGGUAUUUCUGUCUUUUCACGUAUCUGUUAUAGCUACGUGUCUUCCUCCUGCGUUAUCAAAUUACACCUCACUUUGUGUGUUUCAUCGUUUAUACUCCAGCACAUCAAGGUUCUGCUGUUUCCUUCAGCAUUCCAUCUAGGAAACUCAAAUACAAGUUACCAUGUACGGUAAAGAUAUCACACAUUAUGAAAGAGAGUUUGUUCCUUUCCAAACAUAUUUGCUAUCAAUGGCGUAUGUCACUGAAUCAACCAAGGCUUACGGAAAUCUUCUUCAUGAAUUCACCUGGACAAUUGAUAAGGGCACAAUUGUUGAACCAAUAGAACAGGUUAUACCCCCUGAACCACCAUUGUUGCCACCAACGCUGCUAAAAGGUACAUCGUUUGACAGUUUCGACUAUCAAGCUAUAGGCUUCGAAUUUGGUACCUCUCAACAUAUCUUUACACUAUACUUACGACACAUAUUAUCCAUUUUUCAUAACUACUCUAACUUGUUAAAACUCUUUACCUUCUGCGAGAUAUUCUUGCCUUCGUGAUAAAUGGUAGCCCUCCAUCAUAUGCCUCAAAUGGGAGCAGAAUUCAUGAAUUCAUCAUCAUCGACUAUCAGAAAAAACCAACAAAACUCACUCUCUGGGAAGAAUUCAUAGACCUUUAUGGGAAUAAACUUCUCAAACAUCUGAAAGAACUUCAAGAUUUCCCAGUAAUUCUUGCCAGAAAAGUGGCCAAACCAAAAUCGUCUUCAGAUUGAUCCCCCGUACCCACAAGCUAUCAAACUAAAGACAUGGUCCAAUGAAAUAAAACCACUUCUUAGCACAUACACAACAAAAAGCACCACAGCUACAGGAUCUCUUUUGUUUGUGCCAUUUGAAGAACACAUCGUGCCUAUUGUCAAUAUCCAGCAACAAUCUUUGGAACUUAUAUCAUCUACAUCUUAAAUUUAUUUUAUAGAUUAAACUGUUAAUACAAUUUACCAUUUCAUGUAUAUUCCCAGGGCCAAAUAUUCCAUGUGCAAGCUCAAUUGUUAAUAUCCAAUGAAACUCAACGAUUCUGUGUUUUACUCUGCUCCGACUGCAAGCAAAUCUUUCCAAGGAAUUGGUCACAGAGUAGAUUCUAUUGUACAACUUGCUGUCGAUCAACACAUCUCACACCCAGAUGCCAGUUUGAAGUAACCAUCCAAGAUGGUACUGGUUCAACAACAGCUAUGAUUUCAUACAAAAUUGGAGAAGAACUACCGUCUCUCACAAAUUCAUGAAAUACGUUGCAUCAAGAAACAAUUGUUGCCACUCAUACCCGUGCAACACAAGCUGCUAGGGAAGACAUUCACUAUCCAAAUGAAGAAGCUGUUCGCAAAACACAAGGAUGCAUCUUCAGCAAAAUUGUUCAUCAUGUCAAUCACUGAAGAAGAUAUUGCUAGCAACCUGCCAUUGCCACUCACUGCACCAACAACUCCAGAAAGCAGCAAACGCAAGCUGAAGCAAACAAAGGAAGACUAAAGUAUAUACUACUUUUUGCGAUAUGGCUGGCACCACCCUUUUGUCUACUCAACUACUACAAAUGUUGAUGGCGGACACUUUUGCUGUUGAUAGCGUGGACUUUGUUGCUGCUUCUUGCAAACUGUCAGAUCUGGUGCUGAAUAACGCUGAAUAAGGGCCAAAAUGCCACAUUAUGUAAAUAUCCAAUGUAAGCGUCAGCCAUGACAACCAACAAAACAACUGCCAACCAUAUUUAUAAUAUCUAUAUAUAACUAUAUCUACAUAUUUGAAUACUGCACGGGCAACUCUUACCUAGUAAUAUAAAAAUGUAAUUACAUUUGGGACAAUUGACAGCUUAGUGCACAAAGCAUCUCAUGUUCACAUAAGGUACAUGAAAGAAAUGUAACUUUUCAUGGCA